GCCAGGGAAACCCCGUGGCGUGGUUGUGUGUCAGUUUCGCUGGGACCCGCGGUCGAUGCCGGUGAGGAGGAGGGGGAUGGGCGCCUCUGCGAACGUAAGGACCCGAGACAGAAUCAGAGCCCAGUAUCACAUACAGCAGCAUAUACCCCAUUAUAAAUAGCGACUGUAUAUAUACAAUACACUAAAAUACAUUAUCCACCGGGGAUCUAUAAUAGACAUUCAAUGGAUGCAGUGCACCUGAACAGGACAGGGGAUUUAACUUUCCGCCUAUGCGUGGGUGACACUGAGAAGUUUGUUUCCUACCCCUGGAGAGGGAGCUACUUUUAAGGGUAAAGGAUACAGGAGACUCCGAGGCCUACCUUCAGGCCUACUGGUCUGGUUGGAUUUGAUGUUGGGAUACUCUAAGGACCUCACAUUGUACAUGCAUUUGCUGAAGUUUGGAAUGCCUCUUUAGGCCCCCCAUGACCGUGAGCCGUGGGCUACGGCUCGGCGGCGCCCCACCUUUGGAGUGGUCUGCUGCUGUAAUUGGGACCCUGUGAUUCCUCACCUCUCCUCCUCCCCUCCCUCCCCCAUCCCAUCCUCUCCCUCCCCCUUCCCCUACUUCCCCCCCCCUCCCACGCGUCGCUGUGCUGGACGUCAUGAGCAUAGUAAUCGCGCUGGGAGUCACCACACCUGAAACGUCUUACUCAGAUAUGGCUGCUGGAUCAGACCCUGAGUCAGUUGAAGCAAGCCCUGCCGUGAAUGAAAAAAACUACAACAACCACAGCUGUGAGAGUGCACAGAGUCAUGGGUAUCGGGGACUACCAUAUGCUAUGCAACAGUCUUCCGUUGUGUGUUGUCAGGAUCACAACUAUGGCGCGCCCCCUCCCCCCACCCCACCCGCCUCCCCGCUCUCCCAAACCAUCAUUCCCCGUAUGGAUCUCAACGGCGUGGUACACGACUCCCGCUAUCAUGAAACUACUGAGGACAACUCAGCCGACAGCGACAGCUCCUCAGGGGAAGACGGGGCUGUGGCCAGUUGGUGUCACUGCAGCCUGACUUCGGAUGGCCUGCUCAUCAAAUGUGACAACUGCAGGAGGAAAGGAGCAGAAGGCCAACACAGAAAAACAGAAAAUGUCUCAGCUGGAGAGAGCAGUGCCACUGAGAGUGGUGACGAAGAGGUCGAGCCCUCCACCAUCUCUUACACUGCCACCCAGCAUACACCCACCAGCAUCAAACUCACUGUCAACCGGGUCAAAAGGAGCAAAUCCAAAAAGAGAAAGAAGAGCACAGAGAAGGCCCGUGGAACGCCAAAGGGCAAGAAGGUCAAGGCUUUCAGAGAGGGUUCUAGGAAGUCUAUGAGGAUGAAGAACUCAACAACAGAAGUCAGUGUGUUGGAUGAGAAUACAGCAGAGGGAUGGGAGAGCAGAAUCCGCCAGUGGACGGACCAGUAUGAGGAGGCUCUGGCCAAUCAGUACAGCGCUGAUGUCCAGACCCUCCUCCAGCUCCACCGCACUGCCAACACCACUGUCUCAAAGGCAGAGGACGACACUGCAACACCCCCUUCUGCUACACAGAUCCACGCCUCAGGUGAUGCCAUGGACACCAUCAACCGCACUGAACUGACCUGUAACAACACAGUGCUCGGGUCACAGAUGCAGGUAAAAAAAAAAAAAAAAAAAAAAAAAAAAAAAAAAAAAAAAAAAAAAAAAAAAAAAAAAAAAAAAAAAAAAAAAAAAAAAAAAUAUAAAUUCAGGGGAUCCAAAAAACAUUCACAAAGAUUCUAGAGUUGUCUCACCUGUUUGAUGUCAUUGUAUCUUUCCAGACCCUACCCAUUUGUGCUGUUCUACUCAAAGUUUAAUGAUGUAGAAAUGUGUGUUGAUGCAAGGACCUUUGGAAACGACGCUCGCUUCAUCAGGAGGUCCUGUACACCCAAUGCUGAGGUAAGGCAUAUGAUUGCUGAGGGCAUGAUCCAUCUGUGUAUCUACGCCAUAAGUCAAAUCACAAAGGACGCUGAGGUCACCAUUGGAUUUGACUAUGAGUUCAAUAGCUGUAAUUACAAAGUGGACUGUGCCUGCCAUAAGGGAAACCAGAACUGCCCGGUGCAGAAGCACAACCUGAGGCCCAUGGAGAGCUUCCUCAUUACCCCCUCACUGCCACCUUCCUCCCCUCUGGUUGGUGCUGAGACCCGACGGAGAAAAGCCAGAAGGAGAGAGUUGGAAAACUAUGUUGCCGAUGACAGCAACCAGAUCCUGGACCAGGAGGCCAAAGAAAUGCAGGGGAACAGUGACUUAGAGGAGAGACUGCUGGAUGAGUUGAAGGUGGAAGAUGGAGAAGAAGGAGAGGUGGAUGAAAAUGGGGUCGCCAUCUAUAGUAAAAGAACACAUAACAGCCUGGAAAGGAGGCGAAAGAGAGUGGGAGGAGCAGAGGUGAAGGAGGAGGGUGUGGAAAGUGAGUACGGGGCAGGAAACCCUGCUGGUAACAAUCCAAUACCCCAUAACACUGGAGUGGGGAUCAGCACACGACGCACCACCUAUGUCAUGGAAGUGCCAUCUAUUGAAGAAAAGACCUUAUUACCCAACCUGCCUGCCCCAGUUGCUCCCCCUAAACCUGCUAGACCUACCAAGCCUCGGCCCAAAAGUCGGAUCUCUCGCUACCGGUCAAGUUCAUCCCAGCGUGCCCGGCGUCAGCGCCAAGCCCUCGCACAGCAAGCAGCAGCAGCAGCGGCUGCUGCUGCUGCAGCCAUGGCAGCAGCACCAUCAUCAGCUGAUCAGGGUGCUUCUCUGGACGAGGAGGGACCUCAGGGCCCAUAUGGUGCUGAACAUGGCCAUGGAGAGAGAGGUCUGGGGGGUCAUCUCCUAGAUGGAGAUGGCCAGGGUUUAAACUGCAUAAAUAGAGGCAACUUGCGCUACCCCAAGACCAAGAAGUACCUGGUGACAGAGUGGUUGAAUGACAAGGUACCUGGAGGGGAGAAGGUCCACCAAGAGGGGCCUGUUGAGCGCCUGCUACGGAUAACCACUGACCCCACGGUGCUGGCCACCACCCUCAACAUGCUGCCAGGCCUCUCCCACUCAUCACUCAUCUGCACCACACCCAGACACUACGUCCGCUUUGGCUCCCCUUUCAACCCCGAGAGACGCCGGCCCCGUCCGCUCCAAAUAGACGGGACUUAUGGCUGCUACAAGAAGAGAUGGAUAAAGCAGGCGGAGGAUGAAAGCUGUUCAGCCAGUGUUGAGGAUGGCACAGAGUCCACCUCCUCCCAGCAAAGUACCAGUAGCAGAUCCACCCCCAACCCCAUGUCCAACGUUUUUAAAAUCGCAGAACUCAACGCACCGUUUAAGAAGCGCCGCUCCAAGUAUAUGUCAGAGACGAUAACAGCACCCUCAGACCACCUGCUUUGCCCGCUGUCACCAAUCUCACCGCCGCUCCCAGAGGACUCCCUACAUCUGCCGCUCUACACCCCAAGCGGCUCCCUGCUGCCCAACGGCCUGGCCUACUCACCCAUGCCCUCACUGCCUGCCAGCCGCUGCAACACACCGCUGCAAUUUGAAAACAUAUCAUCCCCUGAGGCGUCUCCUGUUCACAGGCCGGAGUCCAUCUCUCCUGAGCCAUGUGUUCAGACAGACUUUGACAUCCCUCGGCCUCAGUUCCCAGACCUGUCACUUCCCUCCAGCUUGGAGAGCCCUGUGGCUGUGACCUCAGAUGACUUUUCCCUUCCGGGAGGCCCUUCAGGCCAUGAUUCCCAGGGCCCAUCAUCUGUAGGGACCAGUUCCCUUAACCCAGUGUCCUGUCCUUCCUCAGACCUAACCUCCCAAAACAGGGAGCAGGCUUUCAGGACAGAGUUUAACCUCAUAUACACCUGCUCACCACUCAACGCAAACCUGGGGAACCCUGUGGCCAUGGACCGCCACCUCUCCCAGUCAGAAGGUGGCUUUUCCCCAGCAGAGUCCUUUCACAGUUCUGUAAGCGGCCAGGGGCUGCUGGGAGAUGUGGGCCCUGGCUGCAUGUCACCAUACGGCGAGCUUCAUUAUGGGGGAAGCUACCCAGAUAGUUGCACGCCUCCUCAUACCAGCAACCCACCACAAAAGAAGAAGAGGGCCAACCAGCAUACCAUUAGUCUGCUGACAGGAAAGCCAGAUUACCAGGCUAUAGCUGUAAGAAGUGAAUACAAGCCAGUACAAAAUAUGGUGUCUUUGCUGGAGUACCGCAAGAGGAAACAGGGCCGCGACUCAGACCCAGCCGGCAGCAGCUCGUCUCUGGGUGGUACCCCCACCAGGCCUGGCUCCCACUACAGCCAGGACUCCCAUCAUCCCCAUUGCCAUCAGCAGAUGCAGCCCCCAGCCUCCCAACACAGCUCCUUCUCUUCCUCAGCACACACUUUCUCCAUCCCACAAAUAGAGGAGGUCAGUCCUCCAGACCAGCAGGGCUCUUCAGUGCAGUCCAGACGCCAGGACAGCAACAACCAGUGGAUGGUCCCCACUACUGUUGAACGUUUAAGGGAAGGUCAAGGGGUCCUGGAGCGAGUGCUAAGAAGCAUCAAGAUGGAGCGGAUUCACAAGAGGAGUGAUGGCUCUACAGAGAAGGAAUCUGAUGCAGAUCAAUAUGAGAUGCAGGCAGCGUCCAUGGCUUCUCCCAUGAAGAGUCCACACGGAUACAGUCCCUCUGUGUACUCACUCCAGUCAUCAGAAAGCCACCGGCAGGCAGACAGCCCGUCGUUCCUCCAGCAAACCUCCAACUCUCCAUUCCGGGGUUCCUACAGUCCCUCAUCAGGCCAGAGCUUUUACCCACGCCUCUCCACCUCUCACCCUGAAGUGUUGCAGGACCACCCUCCAUCCUCUUACCCUAGUGGCACCCCCACCUCCUCCUCAGACUCCAGGCCGCCAGCGUGCUCUCUAAACCAGCAAAGUGGCAGCAGUAACUUGGAUGGAGGUCAUGGCUACAGCAGCCCCUUAAAAGCGAGCCUUUUGAACAGCAGCAGCCUGGUAGGGACUCCCACACCGGGACACAGGUCCCACGGGCAGACUAAGAUAGACUCGGGCGCCCAUGCCUCCAGAGAGUGUCAACAGCAGGUGUCUCGCAGUCUGAAGUCCGGCAGUCCGGGCCAGGCGGCGCUGCAGGCUGGCUCCAGGUUGCUGUCGGCCACUGGACCGACACACUACCCACAGCGAGGGACAAGCCUCAGUCAGUUCCAGCACUCCCCCCUUCAGGGACCUGGAGUAAGGACACAGUCAGGAAGCUUUUAGGACAUUUGUUUGUUUGUUUGUUUGUUUGUUUGUUUGUGUGUGUGUGUGUGUGUGUGUGUGUGUGUGUGUGUGUGUGUGUGUGUGUGUGUGUGUGUGUGUGUGUGUGUGGUGUGUGUGUGUGAGAGAGUGAGAGAGUGAGAGAGUGAGAGUGUGUGUGUAUGAAGCUGCGUACCCCCUUAAAUGGGGAGCAGGGAGUUUGGGGAGGGGAAAUGUACAGACCUAAGAGGAGCAAGGACUUCUUUAAGAAUUUCUCCGUUUCUUUUUUUUUUCUUUUUCUUUUUUUCUUCUCUCUCUUUUCCGAAAAAAAAAUCAAAUGACCACAUUCUGCACAAAGCUAGUCUUUGACUUUGGACAUCAUUACAGAAUCAGUGGAAAAAGCGAUUGGGAUGACACAUUCUAAAAACAAACAAGAAAUCACAUGUAACUUGAAAUUUUCCCGUUUUUCCUCAUGUGCCGGACUGUGCAAACAGGCUCUAUAAUGUCGGAAAGUAAAACUUUCCACACAAAUGUCUGUACAAAGUUAUUAAAAGACGUACCUCUCGCCAUGGUACCCAGGUUGGAUAAAUGCAUAUGUAACUGAAAGCAAGAAUUGUUUUAUUUUUUUAUUUUAUUUUUGUCAAUGUUACUUUUGAUUUGGCAAGGGGCCGAGUCUGUGCUGCAGUAAAUAAGUGUUUGAUUAGGAAAUGAUGCAAGCAAAGACGCCAUGUUAAUCAUCCGUUCUAAAGAUGAAUUAGAAAGGUGGGGAGGAGGGGUUCUCCCUGGAUAGGAUCAUUCCAUGUGAUUGCCAGCUUCCGUGUUCUCUCACUAAACAUGACAACAGCCCUUUUUUCUUGAGGUUCUCAGUUGGUUCCAAUGUUUUGUUUUGGUUCUUUUCUGUUCUCUCAUCCCCACUGAACUGUUUUGAUUUCACAUUAGGACUACUUCGCUGUAAACCUCUGAUAUUGUACUUGAGACAUACAAGUCUUAUGAUUCAUGGUGCUGCAUUCUUGUUUUUCCAAUAAAUAUGAAAUCCAGUUAUGUUCCCCACA